GCACGUUGUCCCCAGCUGGCGGACACACGGUCCGCGUGAGGAGAAAGGAAGUGGGAGGCCCCUUGCCUCGCCGCGCCGCACGAAUGGUGAACACACAUAGGAGAUUAUCAGAACUGUAUAGCACUUGCAUUUGAUUUGAGAGCUUGUCAGAGCGCUCGUCAUGGAGAAUCAGCAGAUUGUCUUGAGUAGCCGGGAUGGUGGGACUGUGUCUGGUGCAGCACCUGCUUUUUUUGUCAUCUUGAAACAGCAACAGGGGAACGGUAAAGCUGACCAAGGCAUCGUAGUAGCAAACCAUGAUGCUUGUGCUCUAGCCAGCAGUGUAUCAACUCCAGUUGAAACCAAAGCCAAGGCCUGCCUGCCAGCUGAGUGUGUCUCCGGGGGCAUUACUGUCACCCUAGAUAACAACAGCAUGUGGAACGAGUUCUACCAUCGCAACACAGAGAUGGUCCUGACAAAGCAGGGGAGACGCAUGUUCCCUUACUGCCGAUACUGGAUUACAGGUCUGGAUGCACGUCAGAGGUACAUUCUGGUCAUGGACAUAUCGCCUGUGGACAAUCAUCGAUACAAAUGGAACGGCCGUUGGUGGGAGCCCAGCGGGAAGGCAGAACCCCAUGUUCUUGGGCGAGUGUUUAUUCAUCCAGAAUCCCCUUCCACUGGUCAGUACUGGAUGCACCAGCCAGUAUCCUUCUACAAACUCAAGCUUACCAAUAAUACCCUGGACCAGGAGGGUCAUAUCAUCUUACAUUCUAUGCACCGUUACCUGCCACGGCUUCACUUGGUGCCUGCAGACAAAGCCACAGAAGUCAUUCAGCUCAAUGGCCCUGAUGUCCACACGUUUACUUUUCCACAGACAGAGUUCUUCGCAGUUACAGCCUACCAGAACAUCCAGAUUACCCAGCUGAAAAUAGAUUACAAUCCUUUUGCUAAAGGAUUCAGAGAUGAUGGGUUGAAUAGUCGGCCUCAGCGUGAUGUGAAACAAAACCGUAACUCGGGAUUGGAAGGAGGUGACAUUUUUAGCCCUGGUAGCAUCUGUGGUCACGCUGCUGAGAUUGAUACGUUAGACUUACAUCAGAAAAGUUCAGAUUCUUCAUUCAGUGGUCAUAACCUAUCAGAUGCUGAUCUGGACAAAGAGUCUUUUAAUGCAGAAAGGGACUUCCUGGGUUUCCUGGACGCUGACCUAUCUUCAAGUGGUAUGCCAAAGCUAAAACAAGAAGUCUCUGAAAGUCCCAUUGCUAACAGUUACGAGAGCAGUUCCCAUGUGGCAUCUCCACUGGACCCAAAGGGGCACUUUAACGUAGUUGUUAAAGAGGAGCCAGUAGAUGACUAUGACUAUGGCUCAGGUAUUUGCACACAAGAAGUCAGUGUGAAACAGGAAGACACAGAUGAAGAAACUGAUGAGUAUUCCAACGCUGAGGAGGAUGAUCUUGUCCUACAAAAACACCUGAUGAGACGCAGGGAAACAGAUGAAGUCGACGGAGAGCUUGGGUCUAGGAAGCGUGCGUUAACCAGUCCUUCAGGUGUUGCCAAAGCCAAAAUGUUAAAACUGGAUAGUGGGAAGAUGCCUGUGGUCUAUUUGGAACCUUGUGCGGUCACAAAGAGCACGGUAAAAAUAUCUGAGCUGCCGCAGACCAUGCUCUCCUCAGGCAAAAAGGAUAAAUCUCCUUCGAGUGCAGCCCUGGAGUCUGUGCCUGUGUGUUUUGAAAAUCACAAAGACACUUGCUCAGGCACAGCCACUGUGGCUGAGGAGCUGGUUAUGAAAAAGCAAUCUCUUGGAAAUAAAAUGUCACAGAAACACGCUUCCAUCCGAGGGGCCCAGUGGGCUUUAUCUAAACCACCGAGUUUUAAUUCCAGGGGCUCAGUAAGUUGUCACUUUUCAGCUAAAGAGAUCUCUGAAAGAAAAAGGACUGGCAUGCUGAAGAAUCCUAUGUCCCUGAAAGGCUCUGGUAGCAAUCCGAGCACCCUGUCCUCCGUUACGGCUAAAAGAGGAAGGCCACGGAAGCUGAAAAUGUCCAAAGGUGGCCGGCCACCUAGAAGCAUAGGGAAAACUGUAAUAGCAAGCAAGAACACCUCUGUGGGGCCUGGGAGCAUCCUGCCAGAUGUUAAGCCAGACCUUGAAGACGUUGAUGGAGUCCUCUUUGUGUCCUUCGCAUCAAAGGAAGCUCUUGACAUUCAUACCGUUGAUAGAGCUGGAGGAGAAGAAUCACAGAAUCUUCAAGCUCCCUUGUUGACUACAAAUGAUCCAGAUUGUCAAGCAAGAAUACAAGUACUGGAAAAGGAAUUGAUGGAAGAGCUGAAGACCUUAAGGCAUAAGCAAGUAAUACAUCCUAGCCUUCAGGAAGUGGGACUGAAGUUGAAUUCUGUGGACCCAACAAUGAGCAUUGACCUGAAAUACUUAGGUGUGCAGCUUCCUCUUUCCUACUCAAAUUACUCUUUGUGGAGCUAUCCGGGAGCCAAUCCUAAUUCUCCAGAUGCUGGAUUUCCUUUUGUUUCCAGGACAGGAAAGACAAACGAUUUCACAAAAAUCAAAGGCUGGCGAGGGAAGCUUCACGGCGCUUCUCGAAAUGAAGGUGGCAGUUCAGAAGGUUCCUUGAAGAAUCGCUCAGCAUUCUGCAGCGACAAGCUGGAUGAGUACCUGGAAAAUGAAGGGAAAUUGAUGGAAACAAGUAUGGGAUUCUCUUCUAGCACUCCCACCUCUCCUGUGGUAUAUCAGCUUCCCACUAAGAGUACAAGCUAUGUGCGAACACUCGAUAGCGUUUUAAAGAAGCAGUCCACCAUAAUUCCAUCAACAUCUUACACGUUCAAGCCUAUUCCUCUAUCAUCUACCUCUAGGAAGAAAAAGGCUCAAACCAGACAGACAUCUGCAAACAGCAGAGUAAAAUCAUCUUACAAGCUUAUACUGCCAUCACCUUACUCUGUAAGACAGAAACAGAACGCUGCAGCAUCAGGGGACAAGGCUACUAGGUCUGUCUCAAAUAGCAGUUUGAGUAACCAGGGAGAUAAUUUUAUGGUGCCGGGUCUGGACGAAAACAUGCUUCCAAAACAGAUCAGUUUGCGCCAAGCUCCGCAACAGCAGCAGGGAGCUCGCCCACCAGGUCUGUCUAAAUCUCAAGUGAAGUUAAUGGACUUGGAAGACUGUGCCCUCUGGGAUGGCAAACCACGGACCUAUAUUACAGAAGAACGAGCAGACAUCUCUCUGGCAACCCUGCUUACAGCUCAGGCUUCUCUCAAAACCAAACCUAUUCACAAAAUCAUCAGGCGGCGAGCACCUCCUUGCAACAGGGAUUUCUGCCGGCUGGGAUGCAUCUGUGCCAGUCUAGCACUGGAGAAACGUCAGCCCACCCACUGCCGCAGGCCAGACUGCAUGUUUGGCUGUACUUGCUUUAAGAGAAAAGUGCUGCUGGUGAAGGGAGGAUCAAAACACAAGAAAAUGAUGAAGAAGGCUGUGCGUGGAAGUCUUGUGGUCUAUGGAACACAGGAAGAACAGCAAGGGGAUGAAACUAGGGAAGAAGAGGGAGAUGGGGAGGAAGAUGAGCUGAAGCAGAAGGAUAAGAAGAAGAGAAAAAGAGUGGAGUACACUAUCUGUGACUCGGAGCCCGAACAGCCUGUUAGGAAUUGUCCAUUGUGGGUCAAAGUAAAAGGUGAAAUAGACCCGGAGCCAAUUUACAUCCCAACACCAUCUGUUAUUGAACCAGUUAAAUCUGUGGUACCAUCCAACCCUGAAGUCCUGCCUCCUACUAGGCACAGAUCUUCCAGCGGAGUGAAACCUGGCAGAGUGUAUACUCCAAAACCCAAUCCAGUGAUUCGAGAGGAGGACAAGGAUCCUAUCUACUUGUACUUUGAAAGUAUGAUGACUUGUGCAAGGGUCCGACCAAACGAACACAAGAGAACAGAGAAAAGGCAACCAAAAGUCAAAAGUGAUUCACAGAGUUCUAGUGUAAAGGAGCGUGAACCAGAGCUUCGGCCUCCAGAGAAAGCAACCUGUGAGGCAGACAAAGAGCCUGACAAAGUAAAAGAGAAAAGCUGGUGGUCUUCCCAUAGUGAGGUGGACUCUUCUUCCACCUCCUAUGUUCAUCACACCACUCCAGGUGGACCAACCAAACUUAUCGAGAUUAUCUCUGACUGCAACUUGGAAGAAGAUCACAAUAAGAUCUUGACCAUGUUAUCACAGCAUAUCAACAGUAAUGCGCCACAGUACCUCAAAGUGGGUAGCUUCAUUAUUGAGUUGGCUUCGGAACACAAGGCCCAGGAUGAGAGCCACCUUCCCAUCUACUCCUCCAGAGUGAAAAUUUCAGUGCCAUCCCACGAGGACAAGGAUAAGAAGCCUGAGGUGCCUGUCUUGGAGACUUCUGGCAGCCAAGAGCCAUCAUGCAAAACCUCAGAAAAUCUAAAGUCCUUGCGGGCAAACACUUUGGACAAAGUGCGGGAGAAGUUGCAUGGGGGCAAAGGCUUGCCUUUUUAUGCGGGAAUUACUCCUGCGGGAAAGUUGGUCGUCUACAAACGCAAAGCUAAUAUGAGCCCCUCAGGCUUGAUUCAGGUUAAUGAUAAAAGGUAUCCUCAGGCCAAACUGCUUUUGGGACAGAUGGGGGCAUUGCAUCCUGCCAAUCGGCUAGCAGCUUAUAUCGCAGGCAGGCUGCGACCCACAGUACUUGAUAUCUCAACCCUCAGUACUGUGAUCACCAAGGUAGCAUCCAAUGGUAAAGCAGCUGCUUCUGGGACACCAUCAGUCCAGGUGCCCACAUCAUCAUCUCCCAAUACUACAUCUUCCACCAGCACUACUUCAACCCCCACUGUGACGACUCUGAAAGCCCAUGUCCCAGCACAGAGACAGAUAGCUGCCCGACCCUCACCUGGUGGUAUGUUUGCACAGUUUGUUAUGAACAGAGCCGGAGCCCUACGGCAGAUUCCUCUAACGAGCACACGCCUCCCUUUGUCAGAGUCACAGAAUUUCAGUGUCAAGCCUGUAACGAGCACAUACCUGCCUGUGUCAGAGCCACGGAAGCUGGCUCUCAAGCCUGCACCAGUAAUGGUUGUAGCUCCAGCAGCUCCCUCAAAGCCAUCUCCAACUCAGUGCAUAGUGUCUCCUCUGGUCACUGCAGCCAUCGCCGCUUCUCCCGUUAUUGUGGAAGGUCCCGGUGUGACUCCUAGCCAAGCAACAAUUAAUGAACCUGCCUGUUUUUCUGCAAUUGCAGUCACAGCUGCUUCUGCAGCACCUGUAAUCGACACCUGUGCUGCUACUUCAUCCAUCAUUCCUGCUGCCACAGUGAACACUGCAUCAGCAACAGGGCUUGUUGCACCAGUAACAACCACAUUAUUGCCUAAAACUGUAGUAACAACACCAACUGUUACUUGUCCUGUUGUCACAACAUCAGCUUCUACAGUUUUAUUAACAACAGCUGUUACAGCUGCAACAGCAGCAUCUGUGGUGACCACACCGGUUUCCUCUCCCAGCUCUGUUCCAGUUAUACUACCUGGAGUUAAUUCAAGUCCUUCACUGACUCCAAAAAAAGAAGAUGCUUCUCCACAAGCUGGGAUUAAGACUCCUCCAAAGCUGUCUCCUGGAACGGAGAAACGCUUGGGUCCUCGGUUAUUGCUGAUUCCUGUGCAUCAGACAUCUCCUGCUUUGCGGCUGCUAAACAACACACAGCAGACUCAGAGGCAGAGGAUGAUCCUUCAGCCCCUCAGGAGCCCCGGCGCUGUGAACUUGUUCAGGCAUCCUAAUGGGCAGAUAAUUCAGCUUGUCCCCCUGCAGCAGUUUCGAGCUGCAGGUGCCCAGCCCAACGUGCAGCCAAUGAUGGUUCGCAAUCCAGGAUCUGUUGUAGGAAUCAGGUUGCCUACACCUUCUAAACCUCUUGAGCCACUUGUGCCUCCCGCUACCGCUCUGUCUUCCACUACUGCCACAAGCUCGACUGUCCAAGCUGCAGUACCCAAGUUAUCCCCUACAUCUACUGCAAUCACUCAAGCAUCCUCUCUUCUUCCUUCAGUAACAAGCUUUGUGUCGCAGGCAGGCACUCUGACUCUGAGGAUCUCUCCUCCGGCUGCUAGCAGUGUGACAAAUCAAACCACUUCCGAGUCUAAAAUAACCUGCAGCUCAGGUAGUGUGCCGUCUACCACUGCUAAUAUCAUACCUUUACAAUCCGGUAGUUUUGCUUUGCUUCAGCUCCCAGGACAGAAAACUGUGCCAAACUCCAUUCUCAACCAUUUUGCAUCUCUUCAGAGGAAGAAAGAUUAUAGGAAAAUAUGUAAGAAAGAAGACUCAGGUGCUGCACAGCAGAAGGAGAAUGGGAAGGCUUCGCACUCAGAUGACACUGAAGUUACGGAGCCUGAGGUUACAGUGUCAGGUAUGAAACAAGAAGAAAAUGAGUUGCCAGUUAGCCAGUCCUAUGAGGUCGAAGAGUCCACAUUUGACACAGUUGCACCUGAUAAAAGUUCCACUGUGUUAGAGGUGGUAGAGAAGGACUCAGUGAUGCCAGAUAGUUCUUGUGAUGAUAGCGCUUCUCAGCAUGAUGUUUCUGUAGAUGUUGUAUCAUCUGACCAUUCAUACAUUAGUGAGAAGCCAAAUGAUGAGGAAGAGGCUUCUGAUGAAAAGGAGGAUUCUGUCAGUUCUGAAACUGGAGUGGAGGCUGUUUCAACUAACUCUGAAACUGUUUGUGAGCCCUCAGGUCAGUCUCCAGUCGUUUCUCCGGAUAAUGCACAUCCACAGAGCCUUGAGAAUCAGGAGACCACACAGUUGAAGAACGACGGGAAGGAACAAAUACAUGCUGAGCAGGAAGAGAAACCAGUAAAAGAGGAGAAAGGUGAUUCACAAACACAGGUGGAGAACAACAAAGCGAGUUCUGGGCAGUCACAGAGUCAAGAGCAAGAUACACAGCUGGACAACAAGACAGAACAGGCAGGAACUGAACUGUCUCAGAACAAACAAGAACGUCAGUGUGAUGCUGUGCAGCCAGAUGUGGAAAGGAAGAAACACAACAACUCUACAGAAGUAGAAAUCAUAGGAGAGAAAAUAGGAAGUAAAAAUGAAACCAGUUCAGCAAGAGGGCACGCUAAAGCUUCAGGUGUAGAGCAUGCUGUCAAGCUGCAAGGCAGUAACAACAGAGUACAAGUUCCUUUUGAUUGUCAGGAAGGACUGAAAGCAGGUCAUGAUAUUGUAACACAUGUCAACAGUUCUUGGAGCAAAAUAUCCAGCAUCGUACCUGCUUUAGAAAAUAGAAUGGAGGUGGAAAACAGGGCUGAUACCGCUGAGAAAAGUGACUUCCUGGCAGCACAGCGGAAGACACAGGAGCCCAGGUAUCAGAAAAGUACUUACGUGCCCAUUAUUGACGUCACUGCCGAUGAUACGGAAGAGGAGGAGGAGGAGGAGGAAGAGGAGGAUGAAGAGGAGGAUGAAAAAACUGAUGAUUCUGCUGAUGAGAUGCUGGAUGGCGGUUCUGACUAUCCAAGUGAAGAGGAAGUAGACGUUGAAAAAGUGGAUUCGUGUGAAUUCAGUGAGGAUGACGAGCAGGUGGACAUUGAGACCGUGGAGGAGUUUUCAGAGAAGAUUAACCUUGCCCGUCUGAAGGCCACAGCUGCUAAUUCCAAGCCUUCCAAACAGAAAUACCAUGCUCGUAAAUCUUCGGAUGAGAAAUUGUCAGAAAAACGUGCCAAGCAGAAACGUCAAUUCCAGAACAAGAGGCUGAAGUCUGAAGCAGAAGCCUUUGCUCAUUACCGCCAGGCACACACAGCAAACGAGCGCCGGCGGCGUAAUGAAUUGAGAGAUCUCUUUGAAAAGCUGAAGAAGGCUCUGGGGUUAAACAACCUUCCCAAAGUCUCCAAAUCCUACAUUCUCAAGCAAGCCUAUGAAGAAAUCCAAGGAUUGACUGAUCAGGCAGAUAAACUUAUUGGACAGAAGAAGUUGCUGUCACGCACCCAAGAUACUUUGAUUCGAAAAGUUUCCACACUUUCAGGGAAUACAGAAGAGGUGGUCUUGAAGAAACUAGAAUAUAUUUAUGCCAAACAAAAAGCAAUAGAAGCACAAAAAAAGAAGAAACAACCUGAGUCAGAGGCACCUGUUGCAAACAAAACUCCUAGCACACAGCAAGAAAGACCACCUCCUCCUCCUCCUCCUCCCAGAGAGCUGACCGAAAUACCUAUGACAAACAGAAGAGGCAAGCCAUUGAUCCUCACCAGGAAAGCAGUCCGUGCCACCACAGAGGACACCACAUCCUGUCUCACACUGACUGCGGCAAGCCUAGUGAUGACUGCACAGGGGCAGGUGCUUACGCUGAAGAGCCCACUGGUACCAGGGCAGGUAGCAGCUGUUCCUUCCACGCUAUUGCAAGCCGAGUUAAACCCUCAGACCAUCAGUACUGCCAUGACAGCACAGCCAGGUAUUGCUUCUGUGAUGAUUCAACUGCCAGGAUCAACAGUUCCUGUCCAAGUAAAAGGAAUCCUUACUAACUCUGCCAUUCCUAUUACACUGUCAACUGUUGCUGGGAACCCAGUGCCAACAACAGCAGCACCAGCUGCAGGGCCCGAAUCAGAAAAUGAAGAUUCCUUCAUGAUGCCAAAGAUCGUUAAUGUAACGUCACUGGCUGCUGAGGAGAGCAUGAGUCUGAACCUGAACAGAAGUAAUUCCGAUGUAACAACGGCGGCAGGGGAUCAGGCUUCGGAGAAAUCCUUGUCUGCAUCACCUCCUGAAAGCGAUGACAUUCUUGCAGAAGACAAAAUCAAGUCGUGUUCUGGAGACAGUGGUGGAGAUGGAAGAAAUUCCACAGGUCCCACGAAAGCUUCCUUUGAAACUAAAGACGGCUUUCCACAGCUCCGGAACGUGCCGUGUCCAAAGGAGCCUCCAGAGUCCUUCAGCAAAAAGCUCAGUGUUGGUGACUUUGUGGGAACCCAAGCCAGGAGGAAAGACAGUGACCUGGGAGGGGAGAGGGUGAAAUCAAAAGAGUUGCCGUUCCGCAAGCUGCAGAUCAAAGAUUCCAGGAUAGAAAUGGAAUUGAGGAAAGUAGCCUCAGCAAUGGAGGAAGCGGAUCUGGAUGCCAGCGAGUUACUGAGCAGCAUUGAGGACAGCGAUGACACUGAUGAAACCCUCACUUCCCUGCUUAAUGAGAUUGCCUUCCUCAAUCAGCAGCUGAAUGAUGAUGCAUCUUCAGAACUUCCCAGCACUCUAAACUCUGACUUUGCUCAUGAAGAUGCAGAAGGUCGUCGGAGAGCAGCCGGGGAUCUCGCUGCUGCGGAUGGGUCUUCCUUCCAGUUUGGUCAUUUGGGAGGCAGUUUUAAGGACCUUUCUGAAGGUCCAGAGAGUGGUGGCUCUAUAAGUCCUCUUCUGCUGCAUCUAGAAGAUGAUGACCUUACUGAUGGAGAGAAGAACUCUGGGGAGCCUUCAUCUGAACCAGAUGUUUUAAAGAUAGUAAUAGGUACUGGACUGAAGGAUACACUUCCCAAGCUGUCCAAAACCAGCGGUGGGAAUGGCAAAACCGCCGCAGCUUUGGCAGAGACCUCUAAUGUGACUCCGCCGGUUUUGCAGAUGAAAACUAAUCCUGAAGCUAGUAGUGCUGACACUUUGUGGAGGCCCAUGCCCAAGCUGGCACCCCUUGGCUUAAAAGUAGCAAGUCUGCCAGCGGAUUCGGAAGGGCAGAGUAACAAAGUGAUGCCCUUACUGGCACCUAUAGUUGCAAAACUGGCACCCAGUGGGGCAAAAACUCCAUUACCAGCAGCUGCCCAGGAGGGGCAGGAUAACAAAGUGAUGCCCACGUUAGCACCUGUGGUUACAAAACUGAAUGCUGCUGGGUCCUUGCCUUCAAAUUCAUCAGGCAAAUAAAUGCAUCCGUUUUUAAUUGGAGAUCUGGAGCAGUGCAAACCAGUGGUGGUGUUGAGCAAGCCCCCAUGUUCUGCAUGGCAUCAGCGCUCUGCUCAUCCCAGGGCAGGCCCCAAACUCAGAAAUAAGUGCUAUGAAACUUGAAGCACGUUGGCUUAUUUUUACCUCACUGUUGUGUUCUGAGUGUCCUCCUCCCCUUUCAACAAAACAAAGCUGAUGAUCUCUAACCAUUGCUGGGCACAUGGUAUCCUUCCCCAAUUGGGUCCUUCACAGAAAUACUUUGUCAAAGGACAAACCUGGGCUAGUGAAAGAGAUUGCCUUUUUUUUGGUUUGUUCUGGGUUGGUUUUCCUCCCCAGCAGGAAGGCAGCCAGCUUGUUUGGGGGGAAAAAAAAAUCUGGAUUACCUGUUUUUUGUAACCAGGCAAAUAAUCUAUGCAGAAAUGGGGUUGUUGACGUUUGCUGGGGUUGGGGUUUUUUGUGUGUGUUGGUUUUUUAAUGUUUGCAGAAUAGAAUGAAUGUGCAGAAAGGGGGACUGAGGCUACUCUCAAACCAGUCACCCAGAGCAGCAGAAGGGGAAUCUGAGACUCUGCAGAGGGCUGAAGUGAAAAUUUGUCGUUCUUUGGUGCUAGAUGGUUCUCUGGCAGAAACUCUUUUUAGGAGCUCGUGCACAGGAGAUUUUAAUAAACAACUCUCACUACAUGGGGAAGCAAAUGCUGUUUCCCAGUGGAAUUAGAAGUAGGACAGUACAGUAACAAAACUACUAAACCCCCCCUCACUUUUACCUCCUGCCCCUAUACAAAUCCCCCUCUCCUCCCAUGCUUAGGGCAUGUGGAAGGAAAAACUGCAGAGAGUAGGAAGCA